GGGAGUCACCGUGAGGGCGCUAAUUCAUCACAUCUAUAUCAAUUUAUUGCUUUUUUUUUCGUUAGCUCAGAGUGCUCACAGCUUCUCUGUUAGUCUCAACAACUCUGCGACUUCUUCGUUCUCUUUUUUUUUCUUGCCUUGUGGACGAUUAGGAAAGAGAGUGGCGCUUGGGCGAUCAAUUUUUUCUUCCCCUCUUUCUCCACUUAACCGCUCACUCUCAAAUUGCGUUGGGUAUUUGUAGUGUGCGCGUGUUUGUUUCUGCGUGUUGAUCUGCGUUGCUUUUCAUCACCGCGUAUUACCCAUUUUUCUUGAACUCCUUCUACUUCACAUUUUUUUUUCUGCUUUCGCUUUUGAAGACAAUUUGCACCCCCUUUUUUCGUCAUGGGCGUUGACACCAUUCCCGCGUCUCCGGGCCACUUCAAGGACCGCUACUCGCUGGGCGAGCAGUUGGGCAAAGGCGCGUACGCUGUCGUUUUCCAGUGCACCCACCGUGAAACCCGCAACGUGUACGCCGUAAAAGUUGUGGACAAGUCGAAGGUGGGACCGAAGGACAUCGAUGACAUCACGCACGAGAUCAACGUAAUGGGCCACAUCGGCUACCACCCUCAUGUCGUACAGAUGAUCGAGUACUUCUCGACGGAGCGCCACUUAUACAUCAUUCUAGACCUGCUGACGGGUGGCAUGUUGUUUGACCGCAUUGUGCAACUGAAGCACUACAGCGAGAGCGACGCCUCUGUGUUGGUGCGCAACGUGCUCUCCGGCCUCGCCCACAUCCACUCCAAGGGCAUUAUCCACCGUGACCUGAAGCCGGAAAAUCUUCUGCUGCGCCACCAAGCCUCCGAGUCCAGCUCUCCCAAUUCCCACCUCACUGAUGUCUGCUUGGCAGACUUUGGUCUAGCGGGCUACGUGCCCAGCACGACGUGCUGCGGGUCGCCGUCCUACAUCGCCCCUGAGGUGAUCAAUGUGGGCUACUACCGCACACGCAAGCAGCCGUACGACACGAAGUGCGACAUCUGGUCCAUGGGCGUUAUCACCUACAUUUUGCUGAGCGGCAAAAUGCCUUUCCACGGCCGCAGCUUCAAGGAGACCUUCGAGUGUAUCGUCAACAACCGCUGUUCUUUCAACGGCGAGGCUUGGAGCAACGUUUCGCUCGACGCCAGGAAGUUCGUUGACGCCUGCCUGACGCAGGACCCCGACGCCCGUCCCUCCGCCCAGGCUCUGCUGGCCCACCCGUGGGUGGCUGAGAGUCAAUCGAACGAGCACCUUGAGGGCAGCCUCGAGUCUCUGAAGAAAUUCAACGCUCAACAGAAGGUCCGCGCCGCUGUGCGUGUCUUCUGCUGGACGCAAAGCCUGUUGGGUCCGUUGGAUUGGACGCCGCCGUUCAUGCGCUACCUGCGCCAGACCGACAAGUUCUCGACCGUGCUCACCCAUCAGUCUCAGACGGAUCCGAAGAAGGUGCACACCAUCGACUUCGGCAAGGCCCUCGACCACAACAAACCCGGCUGGCGGCUGCAGGACUGCUGCACGUGCCCCUCCGAGAAGGUGUGCCGCCACAUCCAGAACGUGCACGAGUACCUCUUUGUGGGCAAACGCUCCAUGGAGGUGUACCCGUUUAUUGACGAGCUGCGUAUGAUGCGCGAGGAGGCGCAGGACGACCUCAACGAGAACCCCAAAGAUGCAGACGCCAAGUCGCGCCUGAAGAAGGUGAACCACUCCAUCGAGGCCGCCUGCGUCUUCUCGGACGAACUUGCCAAGGUUCCAGAUGCGGAACUGAAGUCAAACAUGAUGCUCGACGGAUCCAGCAACCUGCUCUUCCGCAAGUCGGGCGGCUCCAGCCGCGUCAUCGGGUCGUGGAAUGAUAACGAGUGCAGAGUCGCACAGAAUGCGGUGCACAAGAUGGAGACCAAAUUCCGCGUCGCCAAGACGGGCGGAGCUGCGCCAACCACUGUUUCACCAGAGAAGACAGACCCAAACACCACCCGGCCACAGAUUUCUCCGGCCGCCGGUUCCAAGUCUUCUCCCAAGCCCGCUAAAUCCCCCGCAACAAAAAUUCCAAUCCCCAAGCGCUGCUGA